AUAAGGUUUUUUCAUUAAAACCAAAUUAAGUCAUAAAUGAGCUUUAAGCACUUGCUUCCGCCUAAUUCUAUUAUAAAUGCAUCAUAAAAAUUCUUAAUUAUGUUAUUAUUUUAUAUUUUUAAUACAUGUAAAAGGUGCAAAAUAGGGUGAAUAGAUGAUACAUCACAUUAAUAAUUUUGGGUUUGUAAUAAAUGUCUCUGACCCCGACUUAUUUAAUAGCCAAGUUUCUACGAAAAUGAUUUAUAGACACCCAUAUAUCUAUAGACAGACUCCCAUGUGUCAGUGAACAUGGAAGAGAAAAAAAAAAUUAAGAAUGUACUAAAACUGGCAAAAAAAAAAGUAGAGAGAAAUAAAAUGUCAGUUAUAUAUCAUUACUCUAAUUUCCUGUUAAAAUUGGAAGCAAUUAAGUGACAGCGUCAAUGCUGAGAAUGCAGUCCAGGUUCCAGAAUCAUCGCUCAUUAAUGAGUUUUCUUUACCGUUGUUUUAACCGUUAAAAAGGCCCACAUAGUAACAGAAGACUCAGUACAGUGGCCCCCACAUGCUCUGCUAUGCUAUCUUCAAACACUCAACGGCUAGUUUCUCUCCUCUUCAUCACCUUAAAUACAACACUCCUCUCACUAGUACAUACCCCCACUUCGUGCUUCUGAGAGUAAGAAAGGUAAAAUCUUCAAUACAUUCUCUUCAGUUCUCAAAUAGGAAAAGACCAUGGCUAGUUCCUCAAGAGCCGUCUCUGCAUCCCUUUUGUUCUUUUUCCUUCUCCUUGGAUUCUCAGCAGCUAAGGAACUAUUAGUUGGAGGCAAGAUUGAUGCUUGGAAGAUUCCAUCUUCAGAAGUAGAUUCUCUCAAUCAAUGGGCUGAAAAGUCUCGUUUCAGAGUUGGCGACUAUUUGGUGUGGAAAUUCGAAAGUGGGAAGGACUCAGUGUUGGAAGUAACAAGGGAGGAAUAUGGUAAUUGCAGCACCUCCAACCCAAUCAAAGAGUACAGUGAUGGGAAUACUAAGGUGAUGCUAGAACGUCCUGGGCCAUUCUACUUCAUCAGUGGAGCAAAGGGGCACUGUGAGAAGGGCCAAAAGUUGGUUGUGGUUGUCAUUUCUCCAAAGCACACAUUCCGUGCAAUUUCUCCGGCACCUUCUCCGGCGGAGUUUGAGGCUCCAGCUGUUGCUCCUACUAGUACUGCUACAACCUUGCAAGUUGCUCUUCUAACCUCAACUCUCGGAGUGUUUGCCAUGACUUUGGUGGUCGCGUUCUUUUAAUUUCUGGAAUAUCAUUCUUUUGUAGCGAAUAUAUCAUAUAUCAUUCUUUUAUUACAUUCAUAUUUCUUUUUCUCUUCA